GGUUUAUUUUGAACGGAAAAUUUUCCUCCUGACUAGCAAAUAACCCGAUGCCGGUAUCCAGCAAAAGGGAAGUCCAAAUCCAGGCAAAUGUUCCAAACAAAGACAUUUUCUUCUUCUUUUUCUCUCCUCUCCCAUCCCUUUCCUUCUUCCCACACGAAACCCUCUCUUUCUUUACCUCUUCCAAGCAUUCCGAACAAGAAAACCCAACAUUGCAUUGCUACAGAAGAGCUCUUCCCUUCUUCUCAACCCCACAAAGACGAAGAAGCGCUGGGAUUGAGAUUUGUUCGGGGAAAUAAGCUUCUCAAGGAGUUGGGUACUUGGGGAAUUGGUGGUCCUUGCAGGUACUUUGUUGAGGUUUUCGAUCAGACCCAACUCGUUUCUACCAUCAGAUAUUGUCGAUUGCGAUCUAUACAGUUUCUGAUUAUCGGUAAAGGCUCGAACUGCCUCUUCGACGACCGUGGCUUCAAUGGUUGUAUCAUACUGAAUCGAAUAGAUUUCCUCGAGAGGAUUGGACCCGGCGUUUACAGAGCUGGAAGCGGCUACCCAUUUAAUCGAUUGGGCAUCCAAUGCUCAAAUGAUGGAUUCACGGGACUUGAAUUCGCCGGUGGCAUUCCAGGAACUGUCGGCGGAGCUGUAUACAUGAAUGCGGGAGCUGAUGGACAAGAGACGGCAAAUAGUAUUGACAGCAUUGAGAUUGUUACGAUGGAUGGAAGACAGCAGGUGUUGAAUGCAUGUGAACUCGUGUUUGGUUACCGGAGAUCACCUUUUCAAGAAAUGGAAGACAUAGCAGCGAUCGCUGCAGUCACAUUUGGAUUAACAGCUUCAGUCAAUGCGAUGGAGAGGCAACGGGUGUACUUGGGAAGACGGAAGAAAUCUCAGCCAAUAAGGGAACGGAGUGCUGGAUCAGUAUUUCGGAACCCAUCAGGAUUGGGAAUUUCGGCAGGAGAGCUGAUCGAUAGGGCGGGAUUGAAAGGUUUAGAAGUGGGAGGUGCCAAAGUAUCCAACAUCCACACCAAUUUCUUCAUCAAUUUCAACGGAUCGACUUCCAUGGACAUGCUCGAACUCAUCAACCGCGUUAAAGAAGAGGUCGAUCGGAAGUUUGGGAUUGAACUUGAGGAAGAAAUACGAUAUGUACCAUACAAUUUUAAGUAGACAAAAGGAAGGUUCUUGAUAAGAACUGCAUGUGGGAGUGCUAGUCUUUUGUGUUUGUACUGAAGAAAAACACUAUGUAGGUAAAGAGAUCAUUAGCUGUUGUGACAAUGUAAGAUGGUUGAGAUUGGUGGGAUUAAUGAUUUUGUUUCCGGGUUUAAGGCAA